AUGGUGUUGGACACGGCCUGCGCCUCCAGUUUCUGCGCCCUUCACGAGGCUAUGGGCGCUCUGAGGAGUGGACAGUGCGAUACGGCUAUAGUGGUGGGCGUUAAUAUGUCCUUACGAGCGACCACACAAUUGCAGUUUUAUAAACUAAAUAUGAUAUCACCGGACGGCCACUGCAAAUGUCUGGACAGCGACGCCAACGGCUACGCGAAGGGCGAGGCCUGUGUGGCACUGGUAUUGCAGCGCAAGGGUGUAGCCAAACGUAUUUACGCGACGGUUAUGCACACCAAGACUAAUACGGAUGGCUUCAAAGAGUUGGGAAUCACAUACCCGUCCACUACAUCACAGGCCACUCUAAUGAGAGAGACGUACAGCGAGGCGGGUGUUAAUCCGUUGGACGUGAAGUACGUGGAGGCGCACUGCACCGGCACGCAGGCGGGCGAUCCCGUCGAGAUGGCAGCGAUAGAGGCGGCCAUGUGCACAGGCAGAACCGAGCCGUUACUUAUCGGCGCUCUGAAGUCAAGCAUAGGUCACACGGAGGGGUCGUCCGGUCUGUGCUCUCUAACGAAAGUCAUCUUUUCAUUUGAGAAGCAAUGCAUUCCCGCUAAUCUUCACAUGACUACUCCCAACCCCAACAUCCCAGGCCUGGUCUCCGGUAUAUUAAAGCCGAUCACAGAAAACACGACGUUUGACAGUCCAUUAGCCGGACUCAACUGUUUUGGGUUCGGAGGGGUCAACGUUCACGUCAUUGUACGCGCGGAUAGUAAACAACCGGCCGAUGAGAACCGGGAUAUUAUUGUGGGUCAAGUGCCCAGACUUGUGAUGAUGUGCGGCCGCACUGAACAGACACUCCAGAGUGCACUGACACACAUCGUUAACAACAAGACAAUGCUUGGCCGCGACUUUUUGGCCCUAAUUACUGAUAUUUCAAAGACCAGUGCCUAUCGCACCGACACCACAGGUCAGUGGCCGGCAAUGGCCAGGGAUUUAAUGCACAUUGAGAUGUGCGCCCAUUCAUUGAAAUCGUCGGCUAAUAUACUAAACGAAUACGGAAUCGAUUUAAUGACGUUAACUGCCAUUCAAAUAGCAUUAGUCGAUGUACUCGAGGCACUCAACAUCAAACCCGACGGAAUAGUAGGUCAUUCCAUAGGGGAACUGGUGUGCGCUUAUGCCGACCAC